AUGGCUACCGUUGCGCCAGGAUCGACAUCAGGGAUCAACUCGAUCUUGCCUACUAUCGAUCUCAACUUCAAGUACUCUGAAAUCAGGUCGCAGAUUAAAGACUUCUUUCUACACUUCAAAUCCACCUCAAACGUUCAGCCCGAUGAUGGAAUCUAUGAUUAUCAGAUUGACGACGUCCAGAUGGAUGACAGUGAUAUUGGUCAGGGCCCCAAGUACAUGAACCUUCUCCAGAAGAUUGCAAAUAGAGAAAUCACCACGCUUUAUAUCGAUUUAGACGACAUCAAACUGUACGAGGACACCCAAAAUAUCGCGCAAAACUUGUCUCAGUCGCUGCCCCGCGGUCUGGCAGAGUUGAUUGUCAAAAACACAUACCAUUAUGUCGAGCUGUUCUCGCAGGUGGUGGACGAGAUCAUGCCUCUUCCGACCGUGAAUAUCACGCAUAAAGACGACGUGUUGGACGUUAUCAUUCACCAGCGAAAGCUGCGUAACGCGCGAAUCGAAAACGAGCACCGUGAAGAGCUUGCUGAAACUCAAUUGGGCGAGGACCAGGAAGAGCUGAGAAAUGUGGAUACGCCAAAUCUCUUCCCUCCUCAGCUGACCAGGCGCUACUGUAUCUACUUCCGUCCUCUCACAGUUACCGCCAAAGGAGGCAAGGCUUUGGCUGUGCGCGAUGUCAAGGGCUCUUUUCUUGGCCAACUAAUCACAGUCAGAGGAAUCGUCACCAGAGUCAGCGAUGUCAAGCCGACUGUUAAGGUGACUGCGUACACCUGCGAUACCUGCGGAUUCGAAAUCUUCCAAGAGGUCAACACCAGAACUUUCACGCCGCUCACAGAAUGUACAUCUGAAAGAUGCACAAGUAACCAACACAGAGGAAAGUUGUUUCCAAGUACAAGAGCCUCGAAAUUUUCAGCUUUCCAAGAUGUCAAGAUCCAGGAGCUGGCCAAUCAAGUGCCUGUGGGCCACAUUCCAAGAACUCUAUCAAUCCAUGUCAAUGGUGACUUGGUGCGCUCUAUGAAUCCGGGUGACAUUGUGGAUGUGACUGGUAUAUUCCUGCCUGCUCCGUACACAGGGUUCCGUGCUCUUAGAGCCGGUCUUUUGACCGAGACAUAUUUGGAAGCUCAGUUUGUCAAACAGCACAAACGCAAAUACGAAUUUUUAGGGCUCACUCCCGAAGUUGAGCAGAAAAUCCUUGAAAUUACGUCUCAAGGCAACGUGUAUGAGAGACUUGCCAACUCCAUUGCACCGGAAAUCUUUGGCCACACGGACAUUAAAAAAGCCCUACUUUUGCUUUUGGUGGGUGCUUCGCCAAAAGAAAUUGGAGACGGUAUGAGAAUAAGAGGCGAUAUCAACAUCUUACUGAUGGGCGACCCUGGUGUGGCCAAAUCCCAAUUGCUGAAAUCUAUAUCCACCAUUGCUCCCCGUGGCGUCUACACUACUGGUAAAGGUUCUUCCGGAGUGGGUUUGACUGCUGCCGUGAUGAGAGAUCCCAUUACAGACGAAAUGGUACUUGAAGGUGGUGCUCUGGUGCUGGCCGAUAAUGGUAUUUGUUGUAUCGAUGAGUUUGAUAAGAUGGAGGAGGGAGACAGAACAGCUAUCCACGAGGUGAUGGAGCAACAGACCAUUUCCAUUUCGAAAGCAGGAAUCACCACGACCUUGAACGCCAGGGCCUCGAUUCUUGCCGCCGCCAACCCGCUUUACGGUAGAUACAACACGAAGCUAUCGCCCAACGAGAAUAUCAAUCUUCCUGCCGCUCUCCUUUCGAGAUUUGAUGUGCUAUUCCUUAUCUUGGACCGUCCUAGCAGAGAGGACGAUGAGAGACUAGCAGAGCACGUUGCUUACGUUCACAUGCACAACAAGCCACCAGAAUUUGGCAUCGAUCCGGUCGACUCCUCGACCAUGAGACAGUUCAUCUCCAUGGCCAGGAGGUACAGACCUGUCGUCACCAAAGAGGUCAGCGAUUAUGUCGUCCAAGCAUACAUCAAAAUGAGAAAAGAAAGCAAGAUGAUUGAGAAUUCCAAAAAACAUUUUAGCCAUACUACUCCUAGAACACUGCUGGCAGUGCUUAGACUCUCUUUGGCUCUUGCCAGAGUCAGAUUCAGUAAUGAGGUGGUUAUUCAGGAUGUCGACGAGGCCUUGAGACUAAUGAAUGCAGCAAAGCAAUCGUUGUAUCAAGACGAAGCUGCGGAAUUGGAGGAGACACCAACAGCUAAAAUUUUCAACCUUAUCAAAGAGAAGGUUCACGAUUACAUUGCUAAUAAUGGCAAUAAGCUGGUGCCGAUGUCGCUGAUAAGAGACUCUUGUCUGGGUAAAGGUUUUACCGAAAAUUUGUUUAACGAAUGUAUUUACCGCUACCAAGCGCUUUCUGUUUGGCAGGUGGUGGAUGACGGCGAGAACCUCGCGAUAAUUGGGAAUGUCGACGACGAAGAUAUCGACAUGUUCUAG